UUUAAUCAGCUGAUACGCUGAACGUUGCUCAUUGGUGCGUUCUGAUUGGUCAGCGGGCUGAUUCAAACUCCUCCCACUCUGCGUCCCCUGCAGGUCUCUGUGGAGCCAGAGGGCGGUUGGCAGUUUUCGGGCAAGUUACCAAGCAAAGGCUCGAAAAAAGGCGAACAUGACUCAAAUGAAGGAGCGCUUCGUGACGCUGCUCCACGAGAAAAACUUUGUCACGGACCAGUUAGCAGUGCUGGAACAAAAAACUGGAGUAAAAAGAGAAUAUAUCGUUUUGGGAGUUCUUGGUUUCAUCGCGCUCUACCUUCUGUUUGGAUAUGGAGCUUCGCUGCUCUGCAACCUGAUCGGAUUCAUCUACCCAGCCUAUUUCUCCAUCAAGGCCAUCGAGAGCAAUGCCAAAGAGGACGACACCCAGUGGCUGACCUACUGGGUUGUUUAUGGACUUUUCAGCAUUGUUGAGGCCUUCUCUGACAUCUUCCUCUUCUGGUUCCCCUUUUACUAUGCUGGAAAGUGUGUGUUCCUGAUUUGGUGUAUGGCUCCGGUGACGUGGAAUGGCUCGGACAUCUUGUACACGCGGGUGAUACGCCCAUUUUUCCUGAAACACCAGGCCACCAUGGACACAGUCGUCAGUGAUCUAACUGCCAAGGCCAAGAACCUUACGGAGACUGUGACAAAGGAGGCUGUUCACCAAGCUCUCAGCCAUGACAAGGAUCAGUGAGAAGCGCAGAAAGGCAUUGGGUGUGUGUGAGAGAGAGAUGGUGUUUGUUUGUGUGAGCGCGUGUCUGUCGUGUCACCUUUUUCGUCCGCCUCGUUGAAGAUGGAUGACUCUGAUCGACCUGCACUUCAUGGAGACUGUGGCUUCUCUCCUGUGAAAACAAAUAAAACAUUGCGCAUCGAGCUCAGCUUACUGCCAUCAGUACGUUGAAGACAGUAUGAAACUGUGACCUUUUUUGUGAUCUUGCUCUGUUAUGAAGACUGCUGCAAAGAAACAGUUUUUGAAAAAAGAUGUUAUUUACUUGCAGGUAGCUGUGAUGUAAUCAGUUUUGUGGCAGAAGGUUAAUAGCUUGCACUACAUUUAAACGUAGAAUUCAAAUCAAUAAAUCUGAACUUAUAUAAUCGUAUUCAUGAUGAACUGGUGGAUAUGUUCAGAGGUAGAUCUAAGACAUCUCAGGAACUUUUAAAGCUCUUCACUGCUAGUUCAAAUAAAAGCUCAUUGUCCUAGAAUAUAUUUAUAAACUGCUUUCUGUUGCAUUGAUAAUCAUGUCAUCUGUCUCCUUGCUCUCUUGCAUGUACCAGAUUGAACUUAGUCUGAAAUACUGGGAAUAUUACCAGUCUUUGACAUUAACUGGAAAACUUCUGCCUUUUUAAAUUGUGUUAAUUUAUUUUCUCGCAAUGAUUUAAAAGAAUAAAACUGGAACACAAAUGA